CGGGCGGGCUCCCAUUUGCCGGCGCCGCGCACCGGGCUGGGUUACCGGAGCCCAGGAAGCCGCCGAGCUGCUCCCGCCCUCCCUCGGCCCCACCAGGAAGCUUUUCCUCUCCCCGGGCCCGAAGUUGGACCGUGGGGACGGGAGCGGGGGAAGUUUAGGAAGGACCCACCGGGCCGGGGCUGGAGGGGGAGAUGACAACGCUAACGCACCGAGGACGGCGUGCUGAGCUGGGAAGGAACUCGGACAAGAAGCCUGACAGUGAGGAAGAUGCGGCUGCAGACAGAGACCUGAAUGAUGAUGAGCCUGAUGACUCCAAAGAUAUCCGCCUCACGCUCAUGGAGGAGGUGCUGCUCCUGGGGCUGAAGGAUAAGGAGGGCUACACCUCCUUCUGGAAUGACUGCAUCUCUUCAGGCCUGCGGGGCGGCAUCCUCAUCGAACUGGCUCUGCGUGGCCGGAUCCACCUGGAGCCGCUAUCCAUCAGGAAGAAGAGGCUGCUGGAGAGGAAGGUGCUCUUGAAGUCGGAUGCGCCAACUGGUGAUGUCUUGCUGGAUGAGACCCUCCGACACAUGAAGGCCACAGAGUCUGCAGAAACAGUGCAGACCUGGAUAGAGCUGCUCACUGGGGAGACCUGGAACCCCUUCAAGCUGCAGUACCAGCUGAGGAACGUGCGUGAGCGCAUCGCCAAGGCGCUAGUGGAGAAGGGCAUCCUCACCACGGAGAAGCAGAACUUCCUGCUGUUCGACAUGACCACCCACCCCGUCAGCAACGCCACCGAGAAGCAGCGCUUGGUGAAGAAGCUCCAGGAGAGCAUGCUGGAGCGGUGGGUGAACAACCCUCACCGCAUGGACCGCAGGACUCUGGCUCUCCUGGUGCUGGCCCACUCCUCAGAUGUGCUGGAGAACGUUUUCGCCAGCCUGGCAGAUGACAAGUACGAUGUGGCAAUGAACAGGACCAAGGACCUCCUCGAUAUGGAUCCUGAGGUGGAAGCUGCCAAAGCCAGGGGUGCAGAGAUGAUCUGGGCUGUCCUGGCAGCCUUCAAUAAGUCCUAAAAAGCCCCCAAGCCAGGUGGGGAAGCCUCACCCCCUUGACACGAGGCCAGGGGUAUUUGGGCAGAGUUCCUGCAGCAGUGGCUGGGCUCAGCUCAGGGGAAAUGGGGGGGUUUCACUUUCCUCCCUGGGCGGGUGAGAGCCCACCUGUGUGGGCAGGUCGCACGCUCCUCCAAAGGUUGGAGAGGUGGUGGCAGUGGCUCUUUGGUCCCCUUCCAGUGCUAUCUUGCCCAUGGGCUUCCUUCUCAGGCCAGUGCAGAGCUGGGAGGUGGCAGAGCCUGGCCCUGCCUCUGCACGCAGGAACUGAGCUGCUCAGAUGAGCCAAACCCUGGCAGAAACAGGGCCGUGCAGCAGCCUGUGCUCCCUGUGCACUCCUGUUGUGCCAGCCUGUCUGGCUGCCUCCAUGGCUCCCUCUUUCACACACAGGUCUUGCCUUUGAGUUGCCUGGGCAGUGUGGAUUCCCCCACUGGAGCACACUGAUAUCCUCUUGGGGUGGGGUACGGGCAGGGGAGCAGGCAGGAGGCCGGUUCAGGGGUGUCCGGUGGCUGGGACCACCCCACACGCUGGCUGGCAAUGGGGCAACCCAAAGCCCUUGGCACGUGCUGCCAUGGAGGAGCAACUCUGCAAAGGUUGUGGAGCCCUGCCCUGGGCUGUGACCCCUGGGCUCUGCCCCUGUUGCACACCCACUUUUUCUAGUAAGAGGAAAAAGUUAAACUGUGAUUUUUUUUUUAAUGCCCCCGCCCCCCCCCCCAAUCUCCUGUAGUUCAUUUAAAUGUAUUUCUCUGCAGUCCAAGGGACUCUUGGUAUUUAAACCUGUCAUCCGUAC